CGGAGACAGCCGAAUAAGAGCAUAACAAAAACUUCUGCAUGAAAUAUGAUGUCAGCGUGACGUAUUCAUGUAAGUAAACGCAUUGGAGAGGAUUAUAUGAAAAUUAAUGUUUACAUCAUGAAGCGAGUCGCAGUUGAAACAUCUCGGGGAUUUCCGGGAAACUUGCCGAGAAGUUGCGAUUGGAAGGGAAAAUAAAUAAAAAUGGCGGCGUUGAUGAAAAACUCUCGGUUUGUUGACAAUUCACACUUCUCCAAGAUAUUACAGAAAUUGAACGAACAGAGACUGUCCAGUAAGUUUUGUGAUGUUAUUCUUAAAGUCUGUGAUACCAGUGUACUUGUACAUUCAAAUAUCUUGGCGUCAACCAGUCCAUAUUUCCAUACUUUCCUUGGGCAAGGCGAAGAUGAUCCUAGAGCUUUUUCUCAAAACACGCCACAGGUCAUAGAAAUUCACAUUGAAGGAGAUGGCGACGAAUCAUCCUAUGGCGAGGCUGUUCAGCUUGUUGUUGAUUACAUGUACACUGGUGAAGCCACUGUGUCCUUGGACAUCAUCAACCACGUUACAGAAAUCGCUAAAAUAAUGAGUUUACAGAAAUUAAUUUCAUUUUGUGAAUGGCUUUUAAGUGAAGAAAAAUGUGAUGAAAAGGUUUUGGAUGUUCCUGAUGAAAAGACACAAGACGGAAAUGAAACGAAUGAGGAGAUGGCUUCUAAUGCAACCACCCUUGAUAGUGAAGACAUCAAUUCUACACCUGUUGUUGCAGAUGCCUUGGAAGAUGAGAAAAACAUUUCCCAAGCUGUUAUUUCUUUUCAUAGAAGAAAACGAGGUAGACCUAAAAAAAUAACCCAAAUAGAAGAGUUGGACUCCGGAAAAAAGUGUCUUACAAAUAAAAGUGGUAGUGAUAUCGAACAAUCUGAUGAUAGUUCUGAUGAUGAGAAUACAGAGAAUAAAAUAAAUGUAGUCGAAUUCUCUAUGAGAAGUGGCAGGAAAAGGAAACUUACUUCUAAAAUGAAAGAACUGAAACACUCCUCCAAAUCUAAGGAGGAUUCCUCUACAGGGUUAGGUUUUGUUGGACAAAGAGACAAUUACAAGUGUGAGUUCUGUCCAUACUCAACGGAUUCAUAUCAUUAUUAUCAAAGACACAACCAGGCCCAUAAACAAGACAAAAGAAAAUAUACUUGUGAAACUUGUGGAUUUACUUCAGAAAAAGCAAAAAGUAUGCAUAUACACAAGAAAGAGCACCUUUAUGAAAAUUAUCACUGUGAUCUCUGUGAAUAUAAUGGAGAAACUAAAGAAGACUUUGAAAUCCAUAUGAAAAAGCAUGAUAACCCUUUACCUUUUUUUUGCAAAUAUUGUGAUCAAAGAUUCAGGACCAAAACUCAGUUGAAUUUUCAUUAUCCUAAACAUUCUAAAUUGAAACCAUUUGUAUGUAAACUCUGUGAUACUGGAUUCAAGUGGAAGCAUGCCUUGAAAAAUCACAUGGUGACCCACAGUACAACAAAAGAACAUUUGUGUGAUGUGUGUGGAUUUGCCACAGCUCAUAAAAGUCAGCUGAAAGCUCACAAACUUGUUCACACGGGGGAAACAUUUAAAUGUUCCGAGUGUAGUUUUGAAGCAACUAGAAAACAGAACUUAAAGUAUCAUAUGCUGACCCACACUCGUGAAAAGUCCUACCAGUGUGAGGUGUGUGGACAGGCCUUCUCCCUUAGCAAAAACAUGAAACGGCACAUGCUGUUGCACACCAAUGAAAGACCACACAAAUGCGACCAGUGUACCUUCAGUACCACAAGAUUUGACAAACUCAAGGAGCAUUUGAAAAAGCAACAUGGUCAUGGGGAAGAUUCAAAAAGGAAACCAUCUCCUUAUUCAAAAAACACUGAACUUGGUAUUUCCAAAUUGCAUUCUCAGACAUCUAAAAUUAUUCCAAGUGGCGUACCAGCAGUGAUGGAUGGAACAGAUGUGAUGGAAACGGACGUUUUGUCCACGAUACAGACUUUUCAAAUUCAGUUAGAUGGAAAUAAAGUGGUGGGAUUACAAGGGGAUGGGAAUGGGAUGCUAAUGCAGACAGCCAAUGGUAGUCUCCAGCCAAUCAAUGUCUCGAAGCUGGAAGAUGGAACAGAAAUUACGUAUCACUUUGUACAUGUAGAAACAACAUGAAAUUCUUGUUUAGAUUUAUGACAGUUUUUAUUACUUCGUUAUUAACAAUCAAAGACCAAUAAUUAUUUGAAUAAACCGAAUGAAUGAACUGAUUGAUGAUCAAUGAUUGACUGUGAAAAAUAAAUUUUCCUAUGAAUGAUA